AUGGUUUGCACGAUUUAUUACGGGUAUCUCGAAUUCAUGGAGAAUCCACUGUUCACUAGCGUCGAAACGGAAUAUUUCCCCACAUACAAAUUAAAUUUCCCAGGCAUAGCGAUCUGCAGCAUCAAUCGAAUAAGUCGUCGAUCGGCGAUGGAGUUGGCAAACGAAAUCUUCACGGCGAAUAUCUCUGAUUUACCCGUCGACGAGAUUUUCAACAUGAUUUCGCAACUGGGCGAUCUUUACGACUCGGAGUUCAAGCCGCAAAACCGGUUCUAUCGAAUCGACCAACUUCUCAGUGUGUUUUACAAUGGCCAUUACAACAUCACCGACAUAAUGAAACGAUUGACGCCACAAUGUUCGUCCAUGCUGUCGAAGUGUCGGUUUCAUGACGAGGAACGGAACUGUUCAGAGCUGUUCGCGUUCCGCAAGACGCAGGACGGCUUCUGUUGUACCUUCAAUUACGCGACUAAAGGGGACGACACGCAUUUGCACCGCGAGGUCAGUCACCGAGUGGAAUCGAUGAAGGUGCAAAAUUUGACCGAGAAUGGCGGGCUGUCGGUAUUGCUGGAACCGUUUCUGGACGAUUACUUCUACCCUAUUUUCCCGAGCGCCGGCUGGAAGGUGACGAUCUUUAAUCCAUACGAUUAUCCGGACAUGACAAGCGGAGGCGUGAUCGACUUUCUAGUCUCACCCAGGGUGCACCGCAGCGUGGAACUAGAGGCAAUCAUGUUUUACAGCAUAAGAAGUAUUAUGUCGUAUGCUCUGGAGAAACGCGAUUGUGUAUUCGAGGAUGAAAUGACUUCCCUUCGGAUGUUUUACACUUACAGCGACUGCAUCGUUGAUUGCAAGACGCAAGAUAUGUGGAAAAUCUGCAAGUGUAUACCUUUCUUUUUACCUAAUCGAGAAUCUAGAAGGAUCUGCAACUUGGAAGAUGUGCCAUGCUUGUCGCAGCAUAAAUCUACAUGGUUUUCCGUGGUGCCACAUGAAAAUUUAUAUAAUAACGAUGAAAAUAUGGAUAAAAUGGAGACAUUGUACUGCUAUAAUUGUUAUCCUGAAUGCAGCCAUGUGAAAUAUAAUGCGAAGAUGGCCAUGUCUGGUUUGGAGUCUAAUCAACACGUUGCCGAAGUUUUAUCUGACGUGGAAAUCAAGAAUCAAUCACUGCUGACGAUAUAUUUUAACAACUUUGGUACAAUCAAAUUGAAGCAAGACGUGAUUUAUCGUUGGUAUGAAGUUAUGGGUGAAGCUAGCGGUAUUUGCGGCAUCUUCGUCGGUUUCAGCCUGAUCGUGGUCGUCGAGUUCGCUUAUUUCGUCGGGCUGUUCGUACUCGAGCUUUUAAAGGGACCAACUCCGAACGAUGGAAAAUGGGCCGAGAGCGAACAAACGCCGAUACAGUCAAUUUAUUGGGGUGCGUUGUAUUCGUACGCGAGAACGACAAAGAAUCAACGUGAUUGAGCUCGUCGUAAAUAUUAGCACGUUUCACGAUUUCAACGUUCGUUUGAAUAAUGUAGUUCAAUUUCACCUUACUUUUGUACCUCUGCUUCUUAAAUUUCGGAUUUGUGCUUCUUAAAAUCACAAGAUAUCUUAUAAUAGAAAUCUCAAAAUCAGCUUCGUUAAAAUUAAUUGUAUCUUCACGUUUGUUAACUUUGUUUUUUCUUGCGUAUUUUCCUAGUUUUCAUUACAUUUACUUCUUGUAGUAUUACAGUUAUUGUGGUAUGUAGUACAGCAGUAUAUUAUUGUAGUAUCUUGUAGUGAAUCUUUGUGGUGUUGUUCCUGACCCCAUUGUUAUCGUUACUUCCGAAAUCGUAGUGUUCUUUGUAAAUUGCUACAACUUCCCCUUUCGGUGUCUUGACCCUGUUUUGUCAUCGCUGAAAUUCCUCCUCCGACGUUACCGCGCCACUCCUUUUACUCUUGAAAUUCUUUUUAGCGUCUGCCUUCCGCUGUACAUUUUAUUGGAGUAAUUCUUCAUUCCUUAGACAACUGGAUUCCGUCACUACUCGGGUUCUCCUUUUCGGCUGAUAGCAUUGUUUCUCCGAAUGUACAGUCUUAUACUAAGUCUCAAUUCCACCACGAUAGAGCAGUGUACUUGGGCAAGGUAUCGUCGAAGCGAAAUCCAUGGAGCGAGAGAUUAUUUUCUAUUAUUGAUAAAAGACAAGCACUGGCUCCAGAAAUAGUUAAAACGAAACGCAGUGGUCUCAUAAAUACUUUAUAAUAAUCAGACAAUUGUUAAAAAAUAAUUUUUAGGAAAAUGAAUAAUUAUUAGUGGACAUCAUUCAUUAAGCAACAACGUGGCGUGUAAUAGAGAGUAGAAUUCACAAUUUAUUUGUAUAGA